AUGGCUGCUCGAAUGGAGACAACGAUGAAUGAAGUAUUGAAGCUUUUAGAAAACUACAAACUAGAGAAGUUUUACAACCAGUUUGUUGAGCUUGGGAUUGAGGAGGUGAAGGAUUUCAUUGACGGUGUGACUGAUGAGGACUUGGACAACAUGAAGUUUAAGCAAGUUCAGAAGAACAAAUUCAAGAACAUGAUCGAGGACAUUCAGAGACUCGGUUUGGCUCCUCCACCAAAAGCAUCAUUGAGGAAAUCACUUCAGGCAUAUUUCCUCUAUUAUUCAUUCCCAAAAUGUCAAGGGCGCAAAGAAAUACAAGAUAUGGACCCGUUACAGAACACAGUGGAGGAUCUCAUUCUGAGGAUCAGCAUUCACGAGAACAUCGGUGACCACAUGACUGUGUGUCUGUUCACUGUUGACGGGAUGCCUUUGACAGAUGACCCGUUCUUCAACACAUGGUCCCUGAAAGACAGGCACAUUGAAAAUGGGAGUGAACUCUACGCCAUAUUUACACCAAAAGAAAACUUACGAGGAACUGCCAGACCCUCCCAGGAAAACAACAUGAGAAAUGAAGGCCCAAACAGUCUCUUCUGUCAUGUGAUGCUAAAAGGCAAGUAUGAAAUCCAUGUGAACUUGGAUUGUGACACAUUGACUGACUUGAGAGGACGGCUUUCACUUGAGAGUGGAAUACCUUCACACGUGCUUUACCUCAAAGACUAUGCAUGUAAAGUCAAUGAUACACUACGUAAUCUUGCAAUCAGUGAAGACGAGGUGCUGCAAUUCUCUUUGUCCUCAUUUCACGAUGAAGCACCGCAGAGGACUAUAUUCUGCCAAAGUGAUGUCACACCAUCAGUGAAACAAACAGAGAAGGGCCUCAGUGCCUUUUUCUCAGUUUUGAAUGCCAUUAAAAUUAAAAAUAUAGGAGAGGGAUUCAAGAAUGUGAUUGCAUACAUUCGGAAAAUCAGUGGAUGCAAUGCCUUAGCCCAGAGCUUGUAUCAGACUAUCUGCCAAAACAAGACUGGUACACGGGUCCAGAAGAUUGCCAUAGUUGAAGGACUGUACUAUCUCUUCAGAGAGUUGUUACCCAGCCAUACAAAAAGAUCUGAUGACAGGGUAAUUGAGGACAUGGAUGUUUUUGAGUAUACCCCAGUUUGCUGGGCCUACCUCAUGUCUCAAGCAAAGGAUGUGAGCACAGAGCAUGAGAACUAUACUUCAAUUUGCAUGAAGGCAAAGUCAACAAAUCAGCGUUUCUCUGAGCCGGUGCGUGUACCAGGCGUGCCUGAAGUGUUUGAGAGAGAGUAUGUGCUGGAUGUCAUUAGAGAGGGAAGAAUUAUUCCAAACUGCACUGAACUGAAUCUUAAAGAGACCUCAAUCAAAAAAGCCAGUGAUGUUGAAAAGAUUCUGCUCAGUUUCCCGCCGUUCCUUGAAUACGUCCCCCUCUGGACUGACUAUGAUGGCACUACACCCGAGUCCAGUUUUAACAUCAAUCCAGAGGAAACAUUUGCCGAAAUGAACAAGAAAGUGGAAGAGUUUUCUCAUUUGGUUGUAACUCCUCCGCUACAACUCAAGGAGUUUGGAGUUGACGGACCACGCUUGAUCCUCCUCAGUCACGAAAAAUAUGGUAUGUACAGAGGCAAAGAUAAAGGGGGUCCUCAAAAGAUUGUUGUUUUUGACCCUCUUGCUGGAAAGUACAUCACAGUGAACGUAGAUAAACUGGCUAAUAAACUGAGAGAUGUCAGAGAUGAUCUGACCUUCAAAGUCACGAAGACCCCAAAAGAAGCUAUUGUGGUACUUCUUGAUUCAAGUUCCUCCAUGGGUGAGGAGUGUUUCGACAAAGACUGCAAAAUGACGAGAAUUGAAGCCGUCAAAGAAAUAUUUGAUUGCUUUGCCAACCGAUGCAUGGCUUAUAAUUUUGAGCAAGUUAUUUGCCUUGUGAAGUUUGACUCCAUAGUGAAAACUCUUCAUACAUUCACAGAAACAGUGGAAACCUUCAAGGAGCAUGUUCAUGCACUUCAGCCGUCUGGAGCCACUUUAUUGUAUGAUGCUUUAAAUCGUGGAUGCAAAGAACUGAACCAGAUCAGACAGAAAUUUCCAGGUUGCCGAUGUCGCAUUUUAUGCCUGACAGAUGGAAAUGAUUGUGGAUCGAUGUGUAUGCCGGUUGCCACUGCAAAAAGGUUGAUGGAUUCAAAAAUUGUUGUUGAUGCUGUGCUGAUCGGUGCAGUGGAUAACACUGAGUUACAUGGGAUCAGCAAUGUUACAGGUGGUUGCUGUUUUAAGCCUGAAACGAGUAAAGCUGCCUUGCAACUCUUCGAGAUGGAGACGGUCUUGUCAAUGGAGCUGAGGAAGGAAAAGAAAUGCUUUGAUGUAUCAUCAAUUAACAAAGUGGAUGACCUCAACAUUUUUGGGACCUGUGGUUAUGAUAUCAAACCAGAGGUUAAAUUACCUCCACAGAUACACAACAAAGUGACACUGACAAAGAAUGCUUUGAAAAAGAGGAUCUUGGAGUCCAAGACGGGCAUCUUUCUGGAGAAGGACAAGAGGAUCUUGGAAGAGCUCAAGAAUCUCCACUGUGACCCUCAUCCGUUCUGCACAGUGCUGCCCUCCGAGGCAGAUGUGGCUUUCUGGAAGAUGCUCAUGAAAGGUCCACCUGAUACCCCGUAUGAAGACGGAGUCUUUGAGCUGUACUGUGAGUUCGGUCCUGAAUACCCAGUGAAACCACCUCUCAUGAGAUUCGUCACCCCUGUUUACCAUUGCAAUGUGAACAAUGUGGGAAGAAUCUGUCACAACAUAUUUGAUCGAAAUUACUCGGCCCACAUUACCAUGAGAGAGAUUCUGGAUGCGAUAUUCGGGCUCUUGAUCGCUCCAGAACCAGAGGAUCCUCUUGACAGCAUUUUGGCUGAAGAAUUCCAGUCCAACAAACACAAAUAUGAGGAAGAAGCCAAGAAAAGUACAAAGAUGUAUGCCAGUUCCUCCUUGGAUGACUUGGAAAAGAAAUAUGUAGGUCCAGAGUUGCAGAAAAUUGUCACUCCUCCUACUUUAACUUGUCCUCUGUCACACAAGUUGUUUGUUGAUCCAGUGAAAACUACAGAUGGGAUGGUGUAUGAGCGCAGCGCUAUUGAGGAUCAUUUGAAGCUGCAUGGAAGUACUGAUCCACUGACGGAAGAUGUGCUACAGAUAUCCCACUUAAAGCCAGAUCUGAAUACAAAGAAGGCUGUGAAGGAAUAUCGCAUGGCACAGAUUAAGGAAACGCCUGUUUAGGGUUUUCCAUUCAGAUGUACCAUUAUGAUAAUCUUGCGAAUUAUGAGAGCAGUUUGAUUUGUUAUUAUCACUGUAUUGGACCCUUUGUUCUCAAGUUUUCUAAAUAGGGCGCUUACUUUAUCUUAAUAUGUAAGAUUUUACACUUUUUAUUUCAGCAACAUGUUGAUUUUGGUUCGAUGUUGGUUUGUGUGCUUUAAUCUGUUCAUGACUUGCUGUCAGUUGUCUGUCAGUAACAAUUGCUGAAUUGCAAAUCAAUAAAAGUAAUAUUAAAGCUA